AUGUACCAUCCAACCCCAUCGCAGCUCAGCUGGAAAAGAGACUGGGCAGACGGAUACUGGGAAAACUCAAACGGCGCAAGAUGGGCAUUUUUUGCCAUAUUCAUCGUGCUAAUAAUCGUGGUGGUAUUGGGCACGAUCCGAGUCAACAAGCGUCGUGCCCGACACGGAGUACAGCCCAUUUACGGUACACGUUGGAUGACGCCGCCCAACUAUCGACAAUCGCAAACUGCAUAUCAACAACCGGACCAUCUCCGCGAUCCUGACUUGCCUAGCGCUUACGUGCCCACGUAUACCGCCACUGCGAACGAAAACGACUAUGACAUGGGCUACUAUGAUGCGCAAGGGGUGUUCCAUUCCAACCCCAACGCCAAGCUGAUGAUGCAGCGUCCACCGGAGGCGAGAACUAGAGACGGUUUGAGGCGAGUCAGUGAUGAGCAUGCGGAUGUCGACGAGUUGGGCGACGUUACUAGACCCCUGGGCCCACCACCACCGCAGCAAUCACAACAAGCACAUCAGCAGAGGGGGGAAAUUGACGAAAUUGUCGAAGUUGAGAGGUAUAGUAUCCUGGAUUCGAAUUCAAGUUUCGCGAGACCCGAGGGUCCUCCACCUAGUGGCACCGUUGGUUCUUCGUCGUCUACUUCUUCCGAGAAAGCUACGCCUGUUCAAGUGACGACUCUCGAGCGGAAGAAGUAA